UUCCCAACCCAUCCAUACUUAUUUAAUUAGAGUACGAGAAAAAAUGAUUAUUAAUUAAUUGUGAAAGUAAAAUUUUACAUAUGAACUCAAAAACUACAUAUAGUUAUAGUAGAAAAAUUGCAGUGAUUUAAAGUGAAGUGUUCAAAAAAAAAAAAUCAAGAAAAUAAAAAAAUUCUUGUGAUAAAAAAACAAAAUGGGCAAUGUUCAGACCAGACAUAUGGAUGCCAAGGGCAUGGCUCAUCGUCGCGGUAGUAUUUAUUGGAAUUUUCGUUAUUCCACAAUGCGUCGCAAAGAUGCCAACACUAUGAUGGUGUUCAAUUCGAAAAUUUCGAUUAAAGAAUGGCUGGAAUUUUUGGAUUUGCAACAAUAUGAAUCCAAUUUCAGUAUGUACAAUUGUGUUGAAGACAUCUUGGACUUAGAUGAUGCCGACUUAAGACUAAAGGGUGUAAGAGAUCCAGAACAUCGUUCUAAAAUGCUAUCAAGUUUGGUGAGAGUACAGGCAAAACGUCGUAUUUCCAUGAAUAUAGAUGAUGUAUCAAAACAAAUAUCACCAACACUACAGAGACGAAAAAACUCAUGCCCACCCAUGUAUCUGGCGGAAUGUACUAGUCUAUUCGAUACACAGCAAUCAUUAAAACGAAAUUCUUAUCAGCGCGGUACUUUAACACCGAAUGCCAAGAGUCCAGUGGAUAAGAAACGUUUUACAUUCGAUGAGACCGAUACCAUCUAUGAAGAACUAAAACCACGUGACAACAAUAGCGAUAAUCCUUCGAACGAUUCUGACACGAAAAUCGAAGACAUCACUAUGGAUAAUGAUUCUAUGAAUUCGGGUUCUUUCAAUCAGCCCACAUCGUUGAUGGGUUCAAUAUUACCGCCAACAAAUGAACAGCAGGAGGCUUUAGCACUUAAGAAAGCCCUAGAAUGGGAACUUAGUUUAGAUUCACGUGAUUUACGUUCACAUGCUUGGUAUCAUGGUCCUCUGCCACGGCAACGUGCCGAAGAGAUUGUUCAGCGAGAGGGAGAUUUUCUAAUCAGAGACUGUACAUCUCAGCCGCAUAAUUAUGUUUUGACUUGUCGCAGCAAUGGGGCGGUAUUGCAUUUUGUUAUAAAUAAGAUUUUGGUACAACCCGAAACCGUGUAUGAACGCAUACAAUAUCAGUUUGAGGAGGAUGCAUUUGAUGCCAUUCCCGAUCUUAUAACUUUUUAUGUGGGUUCUGGUAAACCCAUUUCUUUGGCUUCUGGAGCUCUUAUACAAUAUCCCUGUAAUCGUAAUUACCCAUUGUCAUUCUAUGGUCACAAGAUCGUAGGAAAUCAAUUGCAUAGCCAAAUGUUGGCAGGUUUAAGAGGACCAAGUCCUCUUAACUCACCCUUAGCAGCAAAUGCAGGAUUUCGUUUCGGUGGUAUGACCUGUUCCGGCAUCAGUCAACAGCAACAAUUGCAUGGAAUGCUACAACAUCAGCAGUCUUUGCCCACCUCCAUAGGACAACCGAUAAUGCAACAACAAAGUCCCAUGUCUUCACCACCACGAGGAAAACUUAAUACCGCACCAAGAUUACCUUCCAAGAAGCAACGUUCCCAAAGUUUAACUCCUGCUCAGGCAAUUGUGGUGUCUAACAUGAAAAAUGCCGAAGCAGGCAACAGUGCUGAUGGGGUAAUACAAGGUGGUACAGGCAUGGAUGCAAUCGUUAAUAGCGGUUCCAUGAAUCAGCUUAACCAAGCCAAUGGUCAGGGUUAUCGUCCUGAUGUUAGACGUUUUAGCCAAUUCGAAAAGAGCAAUAGCAUUUGCGGUUCUCCUAAUGAAACCCAAUUGCACUCUCAUUUAGAAAAUCUAAAUAUGCAUGGUAAAAUACCAACCAAUGGCUUUCAGACUAUAGCUCGUUGUACAGCCAACGAUAUGGUGGAUAAUCAUAUAAAAUUCACCACCCAUUCACUGCCACGACCAGCUACCAAUAAUUUUCGCAACAAUCUUAAUCGUACUUCCAGUUUAGCUAGAGAUUUUAAUGCCGAUUCUUCGGCUAGUAUGUUUUCUAGUUUGGAAAUAAGUAAAAUCCCUGAAUUACCCGAAAAACCACCUAGUCCACCACCAAAACCAAAUCGUAAUGCUGGCCAAACUGGCAGUUUGUCUCGCCCUAACAAGGAGCCAUCGGGUUUAGAACAGCAAUAUCCUUUGCAGAGACAGGGUGGAAUGGCUGGUAUAUAUCAAUUGAGUGGCUCCGAUUCUGGUAAUGGUUCGGGCGAUUCAAUGCCGGGAGAUAUGAAUGAAUUCAUAAUGCAUCGUGGUGUGAUUAUAAAAAAUCCUCGCUUUAUGACCACAUCGGUGUCAUCGGUUACGUUGAAAAGUUUGAGUGAAUUUGAUGUAGAGGCAGCAGAGGAUCAGCUAUUUACUCUAGAAAUACCUUCUUUUAAAGGGACCUCCAAAUUUGAUGUGGAGAAUUUCAGCACUCUUCUUUUGCCUUCGUGCGAAAACAACCCCUUGGAUGGUGAUGCCUUGAAUACUUUUAAAAUCAUGUUACUGGAAACUGGUCCCAAAAUGUUGGCCGAACAUAUAACACGCAUAGAUAUUGGCCUGCUAAUAGAAGAACCCAAUUCGGAACCCGAGUCAGAAAGCAAUAAUUGUAAUAAUAUUUUUGAUUACUCCGGUCUGGAAAUGUUGACUCUGCCACAGGGUAAAAUAUUUCGCAAAGAUAUAGUAGAGCGUACGCAAUGCUUAAAAUUAAUGGUGGCCGUAACAAUACUCACCUGUCAAACAGAUUUAGAUCGUGCCGAAAUAUUAAGUAAAUGGAUACAAGUAGCGGUAGAGACGAAGACUGCUUUGGGAAAUCUAUUUGGAUUUUCCACCAUAAUGUUGGGUUUGUGUAUGCCUCAAAUUCAAAAACUCACUUCAGCUUGGCAUUUGCUACGUCAAAAGUAUACCGAUGAUGCUUUUAUGUUCGAGGCCAAACUUAGACCCACCUUAACCAGUAUGAAUGAAUGCUCUAAUCCUCAAGCUCCCAAUACUACGGUACCACAUGUUUUGCUCUAUGCCCUGCUCAUGGAUCGUCCCGUUUUUGAUAUUUUAAAUUUUAACAGUACAACUGAGAAAUCUUCCCUUUACAAUAUGUGUAUUACAUCGUGGGAAAGUAGAGCCGAUGAUUUUGGAAUGUACAUCAAUUAUGCCCAUUUGGAUUCAUCUCGCAGCUUUCUUAAUAAUUUGAAAAUGUAUCGUAAAAAUUCGAAAAUUAUUUUAGAGGAAUCGAUUUCGAGAUUGGAUGAAUUGUUAAGCGAUGCAUUUAGAACUGAAUUUCACAUAAAAUUUCUAUGGGGUAGUAAAGGUGCUACAGCCACUGCCGAUGAUCGUCAUUCGAAAUUGGAAAAAGUAUUAGCAUUAAUGGCUGAUAGAUUUUGUAAUCCCGAUAAUGGAACAACUACAACUGCCUAAAUAAGAUAAAGAAAAUACUAAAACUAAUUUGUAAAUAAGUAAAUGUUAAAAAAAAAAACAAACUUAAUUUUUAUACGAUAAAAUAUAAAAAAUUUUCAAUAUAAGGGUCAUGUGAUAAUUAAUGAAAA